CACCUCAGCCCUCACUGACCUCCCUUCUCAAAUCCUCAGUAAGUCAGCAGGUGUAGAGUUGUUUGAACGUUUGUACUCUUUAUUUAUAUAAACAUCGCUCAUAAUAUGAAGAACCUUCAACACUAGAUUUCCACAAUCUUAUCCUAUAAUCGUCAUUGAGUGAUAACUUAUCGUAUGCUAUGACGCGCAGAUAUAGUCAUUUUAUGUUCUCGCAAGUUGUGCGACUGUGUGGUGAAUAAUUUCUGUAAAGUGUAAUGAGUGUACGUUAACUUUAAUAUCAAACAAACCUUUGUAUUGGCGUUCGGUGAAGUGUUAUCAUAUUUUCGUGAUGUCGUUAUUUAAGAAGAAGGCGCCUAAAUAUUCCGCGCCUCCUGUACCACCCGCUCCGGCGGAGGAGAUACAAAACCACCCGUCUAACGGUCUGGACAAUAAUAAUGGUGCUCAAAAGUCGCAGCUAGUGUUUCACUGUCAGCAAGCCCAAGGAAGCCCGCUUGGCCUUAUUUCCGGAUUCUCAAACGUUCACGAACUAUAUCAGAAAAUAGCAGAAUGCUACGACUUUCCUCCGGACGAUAUUUUGUUCUGCACAUUGAACACUCACAAAGUAGAUAUGAAGAAGUUACUCGGUGGCCAGAUCGGAUUAGACGACUUCAUAUUCGCACAUAGGAAAGGUCGGCCAAAGGAAAUAGAAAUAGUUAAAACCGAAGAUGCCCUUGGCUUAACUAUUACGGACAAUGGCGCAGGAUGUUCUUUCAUCAAGAAAAUUAAGGAAGGAUCUAUUGUAUCCAGGAUACCACAUAUAGAGAUUGGAGAUCACAUCGAACGAUUAAACGACGAGAAUGCAGUCGGCAAAAGGCAUUACGAAGUAGCAAAACUUCUUAAAGACAUACCCAAAGGAACAACGUUCACGAUUAGGCUUAUAGAACCAUUAAAAAGUGGUUUUGCGAGCAUCGGUCCCAAAACUGGCAGCGCUAGAUCGGGAAAGAAGCAAAAUUAUGGAUCUGGAAAAGAAACUCUCCGAUUUAAGGCUAACGGUGUAGCCACUAUAGAAAAUGAGCACGAUGACAGUUCCAAGGCUGGCAUAGAUAAAAUAAACGGUUUACUGGAAUCAUUUAUGGGAAUAAAUGACACAGAGCUGGCAACCCAAAUGUGGGAUCUCUCAGAUGGCAAAACGAAUUCGAUGCAGCUCGCUGAAGCAAUUGACAAUAGCGAUUUACAAGAAUUUGGGUUCACUGAUGAAUUCAUCAUCGAAUUAUGGGGCGUCAUUACUGAUGCCAGAUCUGGAAGACUCACUUAGAUAUAUUGUACCUACUGUAAUGAUAAUUAUUGUAAUUAGGCAAUAUUGAUUAUUAAUUUAGCCUUUUCUUACCAGUCAUAAUCAUGACUCGAUAGUCCAGUUGCAUUUUAUUGGAAUCCAGUACCUAGUGGCUAUUGUUAUCGAUCAACGAUAUACCUAUACUUACCCUUGUCUUUUUUCUAGCUUGUCUUAUUGUUAUAAAUAAUCUUUCCUUUAAUUAUUAGUGUAAAGUAAUAGAAAACGAAUUCAAAGUUUUUUUUAUUUAUAAAUGUGUGUUAUAAUAUUGUAAAACGUACUUACUUCACCACUCAAAAUAACGUAAUAAGACAAGUUAAAAAAAAUGGACUAACAAGGUACAGAAAAAAUAAUUUUUCACUUUCCACAAGUUACUCCAUGAAACGGUGUUUUUUUAAUCUUGAUUCUAAACUAAGCUAGACAGCGAUUUUACACUGAUCAUUAUCUAGAUUCCAGCAUUGUCAUUUCAACCUAACUCGACGCGUGAAUGAUGGGUAGGAUGGUUCUUUUAUCUUCCCCUACUGGCCACCUUUUUUUUAAUUUGAUUGGUUGCUAUUUCUGCGACAUUUUUUUUUACAAUUUAAUUCUACCUGAGUGCUAAUUGCCCAGAGUGAAAAAAAGGCUAAAAGACAAAUUAUUUUUCACGUUGGCAUAUUUUUUUAAAUAAAAUUCAUGGGUAAAAAACUUCCAUUUGCAGCGAGAGUUUUGUACAUAGUUCAAGGGAGCAAGUUGGUGGCUUCCCUGACAAAAACAUAAACAUUUAUACACUUAUUCAAAAAAUGUUCUGACUAUUUUAUUGGUGCCUAUUAUUCUUUUCUAUACGAAUCUUGAAAGGAAAUUGACGGGUCUUAAAUUAGUAAGUAAUGCUCUUUUGCAAAAUGUUUCACGUAUUUUUAGACUUGUCAAUUUAGUUUAAGAAUUUGCGUAAAAUAUCUGACUUGUAGAAUAUAAGAACCUAGUUUAUAGAUAUAUUUUAUCUUAAAAUUAUUAAUUGCGUUUGCUUUUUAUAAAUAUUAAAACAGGUAGUACAACUGAGAACGUGCCAUAGACUAUUUAAGGGUCUGGACUCCUGUUCUCUUGUAAAAAAAAAAGAAAAGAGAUUAAGUAAAAAAGGAAUUAUUAUCAAAUGAUUUUAAGAUAUCAUAAAUAUGGAAGAUAAAGAUAAAUCCUAAGUAAUGCUAUACUUAUUUAUUGUUAAACAAUAUAAAAAGUCAUUAGGGGAUACUUAGUACCUACGUAGAGCGUAUGCACUAUGCAUAACUAAGUAAAUAGGUAAGUAGGUAGUUAUAUUUAUUGAGUACGUACCUAGUAAACUUCACGAUUUCAUAUGAGUAGAUAAAGAGUGUUGAUUUAGACCCUAUUAUAAAAAUAGGGUCGAUGGAUUGGAUAAUUUUGGACACAGCUAACCGCCAUUAACACUUCUUAACAAUUUUUCAAUUUUCAAUAAUUGAUAAGAUAAUAAAAAUGUUCUAUAAUGGGAAGGUACAUUACUAGUAUUUUCUAUAAAUAAUAUAUAUUCUAAAUCAAAUGUAUUAUAAAUACAGUAAGAUGACCAAGAUGAAUGGUCAAGCCAGCACAAAAUGGCGGAUUUAAUAUUUUUGGUGAGUUUCCAACGGGCCACACCAAAUCGUGUCACACGGUGACUGUUUAGGAAUUUUUUCCCAUCGAGUCACACUGACCCUUUGUUGUGACUCGUUGGGAUCCGUGAUGAAAAAAGUUGUAACAAGUCACAGGUGUGAGUAAUAAACCCUUGGAGUAAUAUUGUUCUGUGGUGUGACUCGAUGGGAAAAGAAACAACCCAACCUGUCACAUUAAUUUUUAUGGGUGGUGAUGGUAGCUAUUAGUCGGGUUAUUCCACGAAUCCCCAUCGGCAAUACCUAUCAUAAGUUUUGCAUUUUUGACGGAUAAUUGUUUGAUUUUCAUGCGUGCGAAUUCAUCGAGCGAAAAAUAAUUGAUUUUACUCUUUUUAUUUUCAUUGAUUUAGGUACGAUACAACCGGCUCGGUGAUAUGAAGCAAGACCACUCUAGUAUUAGAGUAUUAUCUACGAUGACCACCUUUUUGUAAAAAGUUUGAAAUGUCUACUGUGUAUCUAUGAGCUGGGCCGUGCUUUAAACACAUGUGACCAGUGACAAAAUUGUAAAAGAAGAAGAAUAAGGGUCAGAUCCUCGUGAAAAGUCAGACGCUACAGUAAUGUAGCUUCUGACUUUGAUUUAAUUCAUGGGUUGACCUAAUGGUUCUUUCCCACAGAAAUAAAUAUUAUUUAAUUAAUAUUAUACUUGGCGCUUAGAACAGAAUUGGCACUAUUGUUUCACUUCUGACAGAAAGCGUGUUGAACACCUACAUCGUAGGAGUAUAUAAAGAAGAAUAUUUUUUUAUAACUUAGUUCUUGAUAAAUAAUAAAAUGUACAUAUUACCUGCAUAUACCUACUUGACUCAAUUUACUUAUCAAAAGGAUAACAUAGGGAUACAAAGAUUAUGUGUAAAAUAAAUAAAAUAUGUUGAAGCUUUU